GUGCAGGCACCAUGUCAUCCAGCACUGCUCAAAAUCUCCGGAUAGCAGCUGUCCUUCUGGUGUUUCUUGUUCUCAUAGACGUGAUUUCAUUCGCAUAUGCAGAUAAAAGUUUUGAAGAUGUGCGUUGCAAGUGUAUUUGUCCACCCUACAGAAAUAUCAGUGGACAUAUCUACAAAAAGAACGUGUCCCAGAAAGACUGUAACUGUCUGCAUGUGGUGGAGCCCAUGCCAGUGCCUGGCCAUGAUGUGGAGGCCUACUGUCUGCUCUGUGAGUGCAAGUAUGAAGAACGAAGCAGCAACACCAUUAAGGUGACCAUUAUAAUCUACUUGUCAGUGGUUGGAGCUCUUCUGCUGUACAUGCUGUUUCUGCUUCUAGUUGAUCCUCUGAUCCGCAAACAUGAUCCGUACACCAUGCCACUGCAGAACGAGGAGGAUUCUGAG